AUGAAGAUAUCGGGCCGAACAUUUGUGAUAUCAGGCGGGGCAUCCGGCCUCGGCCGCGCAACAGCCGUUGAGCUCAACAAGGAGGGCGGCAACAUCGCGAUCCUCGACCUCAACGAGGAUGCGGGCGCCGAGCUGGUGAAGCAGCUGGGCGGGCCGUCGAGGGCCAAGUUCUUUGCAGUGGACGUCACCGACACGGAGAGCAUAGCUGCCGCUGUCAAGGGCACGGCGGAGUGGGUUCACGAGACGGGCAAGCCAUUGGGUGGGAUAAUUCCCGCUGCUGGGGUCGGGAAUCCAGCACUGAUCCUCGACGGCAAGAACCGGCCCCUGAGCCUAGAAUCCCUAGACUUCGUCCUCAGCAUCAACCUCCGCGGCACAGUCGACCUAGUGCGACAGUUCCUCCCGCAGCUAUCGCGGUCACCACCCUUCGUGACCCCCUCCAAGGACAAGGAGCACGGCGUGGUGGUGAUGGUCUCGUCGGCGGCCGCCUUCGACGGGCAGAUGGGCCAGGUGUCGUACGCAGCAUCCAAGGGCGCCGUGGCGUCCAUGACCCUGCCGAUGACGAGGGAUCUCUCGCGACACGGUAUCCGCGUCGUAACUGUCGCGCCGGGGACAUUCGAGACGCCCAUGACCAGUGUACUGAGCGACAAGGUUCGGACCAGCCUCGAGAAGGCGAUGGAGUUCCCCAAGCGGGGCGGGACGGCGGAGGAGUUCGCGGCGCUAACGAAGCAUAUCAUUGAGAAUGUCAUGCUGAACGGAUGUGUGAUUCGUUUGGAUGGGGGAGCGAGGAUGCCCAGUCGCCUGUGA